GGCGGGCAGACGGACACUUUCCACGGAUGCUGAGGAAAGACGAACGAGCGCGGAAGGCCAAAGCGCGCACGCCGGGCGGGCUCCUUCGAAUUCUUUCUUUUGGGGGCUUUUUUUGUUUUUUGGGGGCCGCUUUGUCCAAAGUUAGUUGAAAUCGCCCAGCAUGUUCUUCACCUCCUCCGCGGCCGGCGCCCCGCUCCUCCUCCUCCUCCACCUCUUCCUCCUCCCGCCGCUGUUGCGCUUGUGUGGAUUUACCUCCGCCGCUGGCUUUUAGCUUGACGCCGUUCCGCGCAGACCACCAUGGACCACCUCCUCCUCUUUCUCGGACCCCUGCAGCUCCUCCUCCUCCUCGCCCUACUCGGAGCGGCGGGCGCGUGGCCGGCCGAGGACUCCGAGCGCCGAGACUGCCUGAGCGCGGGCGACGCCUGUUCCGGGGACGACGGCUGCAGCCCGCGCCUGCGCACCCUGCGGCAGUGCGUGGCCGGAGACGGCAGCGUCAAGCUGGGCCCCGGCGCCCGCAACCAGUGCGAGAACGCCGUGGCGGCCCUCGUGUCCACGCCGCUGCGCGGCUGCCGCUGCAAGCGAGGCAUGAAGAAGGAGAAGAACUGCCUCAGCAUCUACUGGAGCCUGCAGCAGGCCUCCCUGCACGGCCCGAAACUGGUGGAGGACUUCCCGUACGAGCCCGAGGAAAGGGACUCCGACUAUGUUCGCUUGGCCUCCAUCGCCGCCGAAUCUGAAGUGACGACGGUCAACCGCUGCCUGGACGCCGCCAAGGCCUGCAACAUCGACGAGACGUGCCAGAAGCUGCGCACCGAAUACGUGUCGUCCUGCAUCCAGCCGUCGGCCCGCUCGGGCCCGUGCAACCGGCCCAAGUGCAACAAGGCGCUGCGCAAGUUCUUUGACCGCGUGCCGCCCGACUACACGCACGAGCUGCUCUUCUGCCCGUGCGGCGACACGGCGUGCGCCGAGCGCCGUCGCCAGACCGUGGUGCCCGCGUGCUCCUACGAGGACAAGGACAAGCCCGGAUGCCUGGCCCAGCUCAGGGUCUGCAAAGCCGACUACGUCUGCAGGUCCCGCUGGGCCCAGUUCCAGUACGACUGCCAGCCGUGGCAUCAGAGCUCCAGCGGCUGCAAGCAGGACAACCACGCGGCGUGUCUGCUAGCAUACACCGGCCUCAUUGGCAGCACAAUUACGCCCAACUACCUGGACAACAGCACCUCCAACGUGGGACCCUGGUGCUCCUGCACUACCGGCGGACACCAGCGGGAGCAGUGCGCCGACUUCCUGGCCUCCUUCCACGACAACGUCUGCCUGAAGAAGGCCAUGCUGGCUUUCGGCAACAGCUCCGACCUGAAAACGGGCGGCGCGGCCCCGAGCCCACCCGCCGACGACGACGGGGCCGACGCUCCCCGGGCCACCGGCGUGCCGGACGUCUCCGUGGAAACGGCGCAGGACAUCCUGAGAGCUCAGAUUCCCACUCAGGUCAACAAUGGCAACGAGCGCCUUUGGGGCGACUCGACGCUGGCGUCGCCCGACCUGUCGGAGGGCAACGGCGCCGUGACGCCCGCUCGGCCUCCCCUGCCUGCGCUCCCGUUGGCCUUCUGCUGGCUCCUGAUGACGCCGCUUCUCCUCCGCUGCCACUAGGGGGGUGGGGGGGCAGGGGUGACUUUUUCCCGCACCCCAACAUUUCCCACUUGACCACGUGGAGGACGGUUGACGGAAGAAAACGCUUCACGGAUACGGAUUACAAAUUAUUUUUGCUGUUGUCGUCGUGGAAAGAGGAUUGAUGGCGGUUUCGCGCCCGUCGCUAAGCGCAAGUCGCUAACCGCACACAUUUGUGUUGUCGUUAUUGUCGUGUUGCGGCCACAAAAAAAAAAAACACCCCAAAAAAUGUUUUCGUGAACACUUUUUAAUGGAUGGGGAAAAAAAAAAAAAGACAAGCGUUUGUGUUUGUGUGGAUGCUAUGCAUAAUUUUUUGGUGUGUUCUUGCCGUACUCCCUCACAAUGUAACCCAAACAAACGCCACUUUUUAAAGAGCCUUUCGUCUUGGGCACAACGGCGCUGAAGGUCGCAAAGGGGGAAACUUUCCAUGGGAAUUUAACGAGAAUUGACAAAAUUGAAAAUCCCAAUGCAGACAGAUUUCAUGCAAAUUUUUCCAAGUUUUCACCUGUUUUUUUUUCCUCCCUUUCUUUUGCUCUGUGUUGCAAAGCACAAUUUAAGCUAGCCGUGAGCUUAGGCUGGCAACCGCUACUGAAAUCUAAAGAAAUAAAUGGAGCAAUGAAGGUACUGUGAUGCCCUCGCAUGUGGGCAAGGAAAGCGAUCCGUUUUGCAUGAACAAUGUUUCUAUUUACGGUAUGCCCGAAGAUGAGCUCUUUUCCAUAAAAUCGCCCCCAAUUCUGACUUAAUUCCCAUUGAAAAUUUCCAUUAGGAAGCGUUCAAAAAUCCCCCCCAGCCCCAUCAGAAAUUCACAUGGACACUUGACAGAAAUUCACGAGACCUUUUUCAACGGCACUGCUGCUUUCCCGGAGCACACACACAAAAAAAAAAGCCACCAGAGCCAUUUUGGGGAAGUGGUUUAAGCUCCAAGAAGAGCCAAAAGGCGCUCAUUAGCUUGUUGGCUAGUUAGCGUCACCAAAAUGGCCGCACGAAAGCGGCAAUGGAGAGACUUUUUUCUGUUUGGAAGGGUUUCGAGAGUUUUGUCACCGGAUGGCGUUUUUGUUUUUGGAACAUUCAAACUUUGCCGCCGGUUUUGAAAGAAGAGGAGACUUGGGUUGCCGUGACAACCGGGGGGGGACGAUUGACAGCCCGAGUCAAGAAAUGGAAAGACUCUCACUUGCUCUCGUUCGCUCUUCUCGUGUUGUUCGACACUUUCACUCAAUUAAAAAAUCAAAACGUCCAA